AUGCUGGUUGCCAGACACUCUGAAAUGAAAGUUUCUGACAGGUCACCAAAGCUACCAGAACCAUUUAAAGAGAUAGGUGUUCACUUGGAACCUAAUUUCAAUUGUCAAAAGAAGAAACAUGUAGUCUUUGUGCUCAGGCAAUUGAGCCAUACACCGGUCCUCCAUCUCCAAUUGGGUGCAAUCACCGAUUCCAUGUUGAAUGCCUUGAAACAAUUAAAGUAA